AUGAAAGCUCAUAAACUCCUCUCUCUGAGAUAUUCCUUAUUUACCCUACUGCUUUUUCAGCAGGCUUGGGCUCAAUUCCCACGAGAGUGUGUCACCGUUGAGGCUUUGAGAAGCGGCGUGUGUUGCCCAGACCUUUCUGCCGUGUCUGGGCCUGGGACAGACCCCUGUGGCUCAUCGUCAGGGAGGGGCAGGUGCGAGGCAGUGAUUGUAGACACCCGACCCCAUGGCCCCCAGUACCCCCAUGAUGGCAGAGAUGAUCGAGAAGCCUGGCCCAUGCGGUUCUUCAAUAGGACAUGCCACUGCAAUGGCAAUUUCUCAGGACACAACUGUGGGGCUUGCCGUCCUGGGUGGAGAGGAGCUGCCUGCGACCAGAGGGUUCUCACAGUUAGGAGAAAUCUUCUGGACUUAAGUACAGAAGAAAGGAACCACUUUGUCCGGGCCCUGGAUAUGGCAAAGCGCACGAUUCACCCUCAGUUUGUCAUUGCCACCAGGAGAGCAGAAGAAAUAUUGGGACCAGAUGGCAACACACCACAGUUUGAGAAUGUUUCCAUUUAUAACUACUUUGUCUGGACACACUAUUACUCAGUCAAAAAGACCUUCCUUGGGGCGGGGCAGGAAAGCUUUGGUGAAGUGGAUUUCUCUCAUGAAGGACCAGCUUUCCUCACAUGGCAUAGGUACCACUUACUGCAGCUGGAGAGAGACAUGCAGGAAAUGUUGCAAGAGCCUUCUUUCUCCCUUCCUUACUGGAAUUUCGCGACUGGGAAAAACGUCUGUGAUAUCUGCACUGAUGACUUGAUGGGAUCAAGAAGCAAUUUUGAUUCCACUCUUAUAAGCCCGAACUCUGUCUUUUCUCAAUGGCGAGUGGUCUGCGAAUCCUUGCAAGAUUAUGAUACCCUGGGAACAAUCUGUAACAGCACUGAGAGUGGGCCAAUUAGAAGAAAUCCGGGUGGAAAUGUGGCCAGACCGAUGGUGCAACGUCUUCCUGAACCACAGGAUGUCGCUCAGUGCUUGGGAGUUGAUGUCUUUGACACACCUCCUUUUUAUUCCACUUCUACAAACAGUUUCCGAAAUGCAGUGGAAGGUUAUAGUGAACCCACGGGAAACUAUAACCCUGCUGUUCGAAGUCUUCACAAUUUGGCUCAUCUGUUCCUGAAUGGAACAGGAGGACAAACCCACUUGUCUCCAAAUGAUCCUAUUUUUGUCCUCCUGCAUACUUUCACUGAUGCAGUCUUUGACGAAUGGCUGAGGAGAUACAACGCAGAUAUAGCCACAUUUCCAUUGGAAAAUGCUCCUAUUGGACAUAAUAGACAAUACAAUAUGGUGCCAUUCUGGCCUCCAAUAACCAACACAGAAAUGUUUGUUACUGCUCCAGACAACCUGGGAUAUAUUUAUGAAGUUCAGUGGACAGGUCGGGAUUUUAGUAUAUCUGAGAUCAUUACUAUAGCUGUAGUUGCUGCUCUAUUGCUGGCUGCAGUCAUUUUUGCGGGUGCUUCUUGUUUGAUUCGUGCCAGAAGCAAAAUGAAUGAAGCUAAUCAGCCUCUCCUCACUGAUCAGUAUCAACGCUAUGCCGAAGAAUAUGAAAAACUCCAUAAUCCUAAUCAGUCUAUGGUCUGA